AUGACGUUGUCUUACCUGAGUCCUCCAUUGGCUCCCAGGAAAAAACAGUUUUUGAGAGUUGAUCAAGACAAAGACAGAGAUUGCAGCUUGGACUGUGCGGGCUCUCCUCAGAAACCUCUCUGUGCAUCAGAUGGGAGGACCUUCUUGUCCCGCUGUGAAUUCCAGCGCGCCAAGUGCAAAGACCCUCGGUUAGAAAUUGCUUACCGGGGAACCUGCAAAGAUGUGUCCAGGUGUGUGGCUGAGAGGAAGUAUACCCAGGAGCAGGCCCGGAAGGAGCUGCAGCAGGUGUUCAUCCCAGAGUGUAAUGAGGAUGGUACCUACAGCCAGGUGCAAUGUCACAGCUACACGGGGUACUGCUGGUGCGUCACACCCAACGGAAGGCCAGUGAGCGGCACCGCAGUAGCCCACAAAACUCCCCGCUGCCCAGGUUCUGUAAAUGAAAAGUUACCCCAACGGGAAGGCACAGGAAAAACAGAUGAUGCCGUGGCCCCGGCUCUGGAGACUCAGCCUCAGGGAGAUGAGGAAGACAUUGCCUCACGCUACCCCACCCUUUGGACUGAGCAAGUUAAGAGUCGACAGAACAAGACCAAUAAAAAUUCAGCAUCCUCCUGUGACCAGGAGCACCAGUCUGCCCUGGAGGAGGCCAAGCAGCCCAAGAAUGACAACGUGGUGAUCCCUGAGUGUGCCCAUGGUGGCCUCUACAAGCCGGUGCAGUGCCACCCAUCCACAGGGUACUGCUGGUGUGUGCUGGUAGACACAGGGCGCCCCAUCCCUGGCACAUCCACCAGGUACGAGCAGCCGAAGUGUGACAACUCAGCCAGGGCACACCCCACCAAAGCGCGGGAUCUGUACAGGGGCCGGCAGCUGCAGGGUUGCCCUGGGGCCAAAAAGCAUGAGUUUCUGACAAGCGUGUUGGAUGCGCUGUCCACAGACAUGGUCCAUGCCGUGUCUGACCCUUCCUCGGCGUCUGGCAGGCUCUCCGAACCUGACCCGAGUCACACCCUGGAGGAGAGGGUGGUGCACUGGUACUUCAGACUGCUUGACAAAAACGCCAGCGGAGACAUCGGCAAGAAGGAAAUCAAACCCUUCAAGAGAUUCCUCCGCAAGAAGUCAAAGCCCAAAAAAUGCGUAAAGAAGUUUGUUGAGUACUGCGAUGUGAACAGCGACCACUCACUCUCCCUUAGGGAGCUGAUGGGCUGCCUGGGCGUGGCCCAGGAGGAGGGCUCAGCUAGCACCAGGAAGCGCCACACCCCCAGAGGCAACGCUGAAGGCCCUGCUAUUAGACAGCCCAGAAAGCAAGGAUGAACCGCUUACUUACCCAAGGCAGUUCCUAGACAUGUGGGAAUCUCCCUCACCAAAGAGCAAUUAAAAACCCAAACC